AUCUCCAGGGUUGCUCCUACAGCUGGCCCGGCCCUCUCUCCAGGUGCACCAGCCAUGAUGCAGCGGCCACAAGUGGAAACGGAUACCAUCGGGGCCGGCGAGGGGCCGCAGCCAGCAGUGCCCUGGUGGGCCUGGGUCACGUGGCAGAGCAGGUUGCACUGGUGUCUGUGCCAUGUGCCCCAGCGCUGGACCCAGUGGUGGACCACAUCAGGCUGGCAGCAACCUCUGCUGCGUGUGCUAUGGGGGCUGGAGAGUAUCCUCUACCUGCUGUUCAUGAUGAUGCUGUGCCACGCGCUCUUUACCACCGGCUCCCACCUGCUGAGCUCCCUGUGGUCCAUCGCAGCUGCAGCGUGGCGCCAUCUGCUGCCAGCAAUCCUGCUGCUGGUGCUCAGUGCCCUCCCUGCCCUGUUCUUCAUGGCUUCCUUCCUGCUGCUGUUCUCCAUACUGCUGAGCCUCGUGGGCCUCCUCACCUCCAUGUCUCACCCAGACAAUGCUCAGGACUUGGACCAAUAG